CAUUUGAGAUCAGCCCGGAACGCAGAAUCGAAGCGAUCGGCCACCGACCGAACCGUACCUCUCCACCGCAGCAGCUAAAUAACGAGGUGGCCGAUCGACUUCCUUCCUCCCUGGCCCGGGGCUCCAUCGGAGGUGAGUGAGGAAAGCUGCAGCCAUCAGCUGCACCAAACCCCGCCGGGAUCAAUCAAUCAAUCCGAGCCGAUGCCAUCCCUUAUCGACUACAGCCCGGCCGCGCUACGGUCGCUGCUCCGGCCGUCGUCCACCGAUGAGCGGCGCGCGAAGCUGUCCGGGGCCGGGGCGGGGGCCGGCGGCGCCCUGGGGCUCUUCAAGGUGUUCAAGAUCCUGCCCAUGCUCACCACGGGUUGCAAGAUGGCUGCCAUGCUGGGGCGGCACAAGCACAGCCGGGCCCUCCUGGCAGACCACGCGCCGACGGUGACGCUGUUCGGGCACCGGCGCGGGCGGCUGAGCCUGGCGAUCCACGAGGACACGCGGUCCCCGCCGGCGUUCCUCAUCGAGCUGCCCAUGCUCGCCGCCGCGCUGCACCGGGAGAUGGCCACGGGCACUGUCAGGCUGGCGCUGGAGAGCGACACGCGCGGGGUCGCCGCCGCCGCGCGGCGCAGGCGGCCGCUGCUGGAGGAGUACGUCUGGGCGGUCUACUGCAACGGGCGCGAGGCCGGGUACGCCAUCCGACGCAAGGACGCGUCCGACGACGAGCGUCACGUCCUCCGCCUGCUCCGCGGCGUGUCCAUUGGCGCCGGGGUGCUGCCGCCGCCGCCCGACGGCAGGGCGGCCGCGGGCGCCACGCCGAGUGCUGGCCCCGACGGCGAGCUCACAUACAUGCGCGCCCGCGUGGAGCGCGUCGUCGGGUCCAAGGACUCCGAGGCGUUCUACAUGAUCAACCCCGACGAUGGCGGCGAUAGCGCGCCGGAGCUAAGCAUUUUCUUUGUGAGGAACAAGUGAGAAUGGAUUCACACUAGUACGUGUCUAUAGUCUAUGCAUACAUAUAUACACUCUUUUUUGUGAAAUGCAUGUACAUGUGCAUAUACUGUGUGAAGACAUCCAUAUAAACAUAUGCACAAUAAAUUAAUUAUUUUGGCA